AGCACCAGCAGCCCACGGCCCAGUGUGAGGCAGCGAUGGAGCUGAGCCCGGAGCCCAUGACUGGCUUACCUCUGCUGGCUGUGACAGGUAGCCCUGGGCCAGAGCUGCCUGGUGGCCCCAACAGAUCCUUCAACAGUUCCUGGGCCAGUCCAACAGAGCCCAGCUCCCUACAGGACCUGGUGGCUGUCGGGGUUCUGGGGGCCGUGCUUUCAGCCAUGGGUAUCUUGGGCGUGGCGGGCAACGUGUAUACUCUAGUGGUCGUGUGCCGCUUCCUCCGGGCCUCAGCCUCCAUGUAUGUCUACGUGGUCAACCUGGCACUGGCUGACCUGCUUUACCUGCUCAGCAUCCCCUUCAUUGUGGCUACCUACAUCACCAAGGACUGGCGCUUCGGCGAUGUGGGCUGCCGAGUCCUCUUCAGCCUGGACUUCCUGACCAUGCAUGCCAGCAUCUUCACACUCACUGUCAUGAGCAGCGAGCGUUAUGCAGCGGUGCUCAGGCCUCUGGACACUGCGCGGCGCUCAAAAGGCUACCGCAAGCUGCUUGCACUGGGCACCUGGCUGCUGGCCUUGCUGCUCACCCUGCCUAUGAUGCUGGUCAUCCGGCUGGUGUCCCGGGGCCCCAAGCACCUCUGCCUGCCUGCCUGGGGUCCACGUGCCCACCGUGCCUACCUGACAAUGCUCUUUGGGACAAGCAUUGUGGGACCAGGCCUGGUCAUCGGGCUGCUGUAUGUGCGCCUGGCCCGUGCCUACUGGCGGUCGCAGCAGGUCUCCUUCAAGCAGACACGCCGGCUGCCCAGCCCAAGGGUGCUCUACCUCAUCCUGAGCAUUGUGCUGCUCUUCUGGGCCUGCUUCCUGCCCUUCUGGCUGUGGCAGCUGCUGGCCCAGUACCUCGAGGCCCUUCCCCUUGCACCUCGUACUGUGCGCAUAGUCAACUACCUGACCACUUGCCUCACCUACGGAAACAGCUGCGUGAACCCCUUCCUCUACACUCUGCUCUCCCAGAACUUCCGAGAGCAUCAGCGCCGCCGCCUGCAUGCACCGGGGAGCAGCAGUGGCUAUGGACGUGCAGGCACUGCCAGCUUUGGGCCCAGCCGGACCCACACUCACUGCGACUCAAGCCGCUCGCUGUCCUCCAGCAGCCACCAGGCCACCGAGACCCUCCUGCUGUCUCCAGCUCCAGGAAGGGCCUGUGUCUGAACCCCUGGAGACAGUGUGAGAUUGGAGUAUGAGAGGCCAGGCUGGGAAGCCUAGGUCACAGCAGAACUACUCCUGGCCCUGCCUCCUCUGAGUCCAUUUCCCAAAAGCCCCUGCUACUCUCCUUGUCACUUUCUUCUGCUCCAUCAGUUCCUCCUCAUGAUGACAGUGCCCCAUGAACAGGCUACCUCCAGAGCCUUCAGGGGACUCCUGCCCAGACCUGACUUCUGCAGACAGUGAGCUAAGCCCUCCUCACCAUUCCCUGGCCUCUCACCCGGAACACAGGACACCAGCACCUGCCAUGCACCUGCCGUGCCCACCUAUCCUACCCACCUGCCCCAUCUGGCUUCUGUGGCUCUAUCCUCCUCCUUAAGCACUUGAACCAACAAAUCCACAGGAAGAAAGGGUGUCCUGGGCCUGGGAGGGAUCCCACAGCAAGCAGGAGAGUCUAUCUGUCUUUAAGGACUGUGCUGGCCCAAGGUUCAGUCCUGUUCAUCAUCCAGGUGGGGAAAGUAGGCAGAAAAGCAAAGCUGCCAAGGGUGGGAGGAAGACCACCCAGCUGUGACCACAUCAAAAACACAGAGGACAGGCCUGGGGCAGCAGCACAGACCAUAGCAGGGUCACAUUGGCAGAGAUGACACUUGUGCUGCCCCCAGACAGACCACUGCCCUGGUCUCUCUUCUGCUUCCAUUCUCUCUCUGGCUGACUGUUCCAUGUCCAAACCUGGGAAAGUGCCAAUGUUCCUUCCCUGUUCCCUCCACAGUGUUGUCCCUCCUGCCAGCUCCUAGGGCCCCUUGGAACCCUGGGUAGAGGACAUCUGUUUCCCUCUCCACAGGGGGCUCCCCAGAGACAGAGCCUCAGGACAGAACAGUGUCUGGAGCAACAGGACAGUCACUGUCAGGACGAGGUGCAUGUGGUGGCUGUCCCAGGUGUCUAGAAAGAGGUGGGCAUAGGAUGGGAGGUGUUUCUGGACCUGGACGGUCAUGGCUGGACAGUGCCUGGAACUGUGUGUUUCACCAAGGCUAAGAUGACAAAUAUUUUAUCUGAAAAACAAAAAGGGUUGGGAUGUAGUACCUCAGUGGUAAAGUCCUCACCCCAUACCACCAGACUCUGGGUUCCACCUCCAGUAUUGUAAGACAAACAAGCAAAGACAAAAGGGGGUGGGUUAGCAGAGGGCAUGGGACCUGUGGUAUAUAAGUGCCCUG